AUGGCGCUCAGUAUCGACCAGAAGCGCCUGAAGGCCACCAAAUUUCCACCCGAGUUCGACCGCAAGGUUGACAUUGAGAAAGUCAACAUCGAUCUGAUGAAGAAGUGGAUUGCACAGAAGAUUACGGACAUUCUUGGAGACGAAGACGACAUAGUCGUCGAGACAUGCUACAAUUUGGUCGAGCAAAGUCAAUUUCCCAAAAUCAAAGAGAUUCAGAUACAGCUCACCGGCUUCCUCAACAAAGACACCGCGGCGUUCUGCAAAGAAUUAUGGGAUCUGAUGCUCAGUGCACAGGACAGCCCCAUGGGUGUGCCGAAGGAAAUGCUCGAGGCGAAGAAGCUUGAACUGCAGCAGGAGCAGGUACGACAUUCUUGAAAGAUUACAGACGUGAUGGCUGACACGCAUGCAUAGCUUUCGAAAGCCGCUGCGGAGUCCCGCCGUAAAGAACGGACAGACCAGGACGAUAUCGUCAACAUGUUUCGCGACACCGAACGCCCGGAUCGAGGAGAUCGAGGAGAUCGCGGUCGAGGUCGCGGAGGACGCGGAGGAGGCUUCCGUGGAGACCGUGGAGACCGUGGAGGAUUCCGUGGCGAUCGAGGAGGUAGAGGAGGCAGAGACUUCGACCGUCGGCCACCACGUCGAGACUCGCGAUCACCGCCUCCGUAAGUGCGAUCGUGUGGAACAAACGCACAAAGACUGACAAGAUUCAGAAGACGCAGGUCACCACCUCGCCGCGAACGUGACAUCUACGUACCCAGCGGCAGCCGCGGUCGAGGCCGAGAUCGCCGCGAGGGCUCGCGAGACCGCCGUCGCUCAGCCUCAGGCAGCCGCUCCAGGUCCCCACCGCCUCGUCGAGCCCGCCGCUCGCCUUCCUCAGAUCGUUCACGUACGCCUCCACGACGUCGACGACGUUCACCUCCAAGCGAUCGUUCGAGAUCUCCACCGCGCCGAUCGAGACGUUCUCCUUCUCCGCGUCGCAAGCGGCGAGAUGGGGGGCGGGACAAGGCGUGGUCUCCAAGCAACGACAGCAGGAGACUACCUAGGCAUCAAUCACGAUCUGCUUCCCCUAAAGACAAAGUGA